UGGUUCCUUCUCAAAAUGUAUGUGCACUAUUCACGCAAAGGCUCACCGAACAUAGAGAUGGAUGAGCACACCUUCCUGGUGAACAGGGAGAGGGUUGUCGAUUACCUCAACUCUUUGGAUAAGGUAUUUGUGAAUGACCAAUUCCUCAACUGGGAUCCCGAGCAUCGAAUCAAAGUUCAAAUUGUCUCUGCAAGGGUCUAUCAUUCACUGUUCAUGCACAACAUGUGCAUCCGUCCUACGCCUGAAGAACUGGAGGAUUUCAGUACUCCGGACUUCACAAUUUACAAUGCUGGCCAGUUUCCAUGUAAUCGAUACACACACUGCAUGACUACCUCCACCAACAUUGAUCUUAAUCUUGAUAGGAAAGAAAUGGUCAUCCUUGGCACACAGUAUGCCGGGGAGAUGAAGAAGGGUUUGUUCGGUGUGAUGCACUAUCUAAUGCCAAAAAGAAACAUUCUCUCCCUGCACUGUAGCAACAAUAUGGGCAAAGAUGGUGAUGUUGCCCUCUUCUUUGGACUAUCAGGUAAGUGUUGGUCAGACGAGAUUCUAGCGCAUCACCUGCCCAUUGAUGGAUUGCCGAAGUGACAGAUUUAGGUGAAUCU